AUGGGAGACAUAGAUGAUGUUGACAUUAAUCCGCGUAUUCCAGAUGAUGUUAUGAUACCAAGCUCGGAUAAUCCUAUUGCCUCGAUUGUUACUGCCAUAUAUUCAUCUAUAACUGAUAAUAUGAAAGAUCCUAUAUUUUUUACUCCAAAAAAUUCAAUUGUUGACUUGAUUAAUGAGUACAUGCUGUCAUUGAUAGACGAUGAAGAGAAAGUAUAUUUGAGUUACGAUUCUCCAGAAAAUGAUAACGCUGAUCCAGCUCAUGGGUUGUGCAAUGGAACUCGGUUGAUUGUUACAAAGAUGAGACAAUUUAUUAUAGAAGGAAAGAUAAUAUUAGGAAGCAAUAUAGGCGACGUUUUUAUUCCCAGAUUAUCCUUAACACCAUCUGAUGUCAGAAUCCCUUUCAAAUUUCAACGUCGGCAGUUUCCUAUCAUUGUUUCAUUUGCCAUGACUAUUAACAAGAGUUAG